GAUUAAAGUGUAGUUUACUGUAGUAUCUGUGAAAUUCAUCGCUACCGGCACUCACUCUCUGCUCUCGCCGGCCAUUGUAUCGCAGCACAGGAGGCUCGGAGCUUUCACAAAUUUUGUUAACAUUUUUUUACCUCGAGUUCAAAACGCUGAUGGGUACUUUCAUGGUUUUUACAAGAUCUCUGGGUCACCACUGCAUUAAAAAAUCGAAAUCCCAUAACUUUUCUCGGUUAUUCGGUUUGGGCAAACUGAUAGUUUCUUCUGAGAUUUCCAGUCCUAACUUCAAUGGCAGUUUUCACCAAUUACAAAGCCGUAGAACGCUUAUCUUGGAGCCCGCUUCUUCUGAAUCAGUCAAGCUACAAAGGCUUUCCGAUUCUGAUCUCGGAAUUGUUGAGGUGAAUUUGGAUAGGCCGGGAGCGAAAAACGCCAUCGGGAAGGAAAUGCUGAGGGGUUUACGGGCAACUUUUGAAACAAUCAAUAGGGAUGACUCUGCUAAUGUUGUUAUGAUUUGCAGUUCGGUUCCCAAAGUGUUUUGUGCAGGAGCUGAUCUUAAGGAGCGGAAGACAAUGAUUCCAUCUGAAGUGCAAUUUUUUGUCAACACACUGCGAUCCACAUUCUCACUUAUAGAGGCACUUCGUGUUCCUACUAUUGCUGUUAUUGAAGGAGCAGCCUUGGGUGGUGGUCUUGAAAUGGCUUUAUCAUGUGAUCUUCGGAUAUGUGGAGAAGGUGCAGUAUUGGGCUUGCCAGAAACUGGACUUGCUAUAAUUCCUGGGGCAGGUGGGACACAAAGACUUCCUAGAUUGGUAGGAAAAUCAGUGGCAAAGGAACUUAUAUUUACUGGACGCAAGAUUGGUGGCAGAGAGGCCAUGUCAAUUGGCCUUGUGAAUUACUCGGUGCCUGCUGGUGAAGCUCGUUUAAAGGCUCUUGACGUUGCUCGGGAAAUUAAUCAGAAGGGUCCUAUAGCAUUAAGGAUGGCGAAAAAAGCUAUUAAUCAGGGCCUAGAGAUAGAUUUGGAAUCAGCUUUGGAAUUGGAAGAAGAGUGUUAUGAACAGGUCUUGAACACAAACGAUCGCUUGGAAGGCUUGGCAGCAUUUGCUGAAAAGCGGAAACCAAUAUACACUGGGAAAUAAACAGCACAAAAAUGAUACUAACAGGCAAUUUCUUGACAGUGUUGCUGAAAUGCAGAACCAAGGUACCAGUGAAAUUGAAACGAUCAGCAAUUUCAAGCCAAAGAAAUAAAAUUAUUAAUGCUGAUGAGCAAUCACAGGUGCAUACCGUUGGAUUGUUGUACGCCUUUUACAUAAUAAUAAUAAUAAAUUUGGCACCUGUGGCAAUUUUUUCA